GCUGAACACAAUAAAAAGGCCAGAACUUUCUCCUCUUUCCCGGUACAACUCUGAGCGUCCAAGAACCUGUUCUCCAUCAUUCCGAUAUCGUUACCCUAAUCCAUUGAAUAACACGAUAAUCUUAAUCUCCAUCUCAAAAGCCGCAGAGAGAGAGAGAGAGAGAGGGCGGGGAGGAGAAUCAAUCCGGCACUUAUGGAUGAGAAGCAGAAGUUGGUGGAAGAGGAGGAUCUGAGCAGCGAGAGCGGAGACUACACGUCGGAGGACGAAGGUACAGAGGAUUACCGGCGCGGUGGCUACCACGCUGUGCGAAUAGGUGAUACCUUCAAGAACGGUCGUUACGUUGUCCAGAGCAAGCUUGGUUGGGGCCAUUUCUCCACAGUCUGGCUCGCUUGGGACACGCAAAAAUCUCAAUAUGUAGCUUUGAAGGUGCAAAAAAGUGCUCAACACUAUACUGAAGCUGCCAUGGAUGAGAUAACUAUCUUGCAACAGAUAGCAGAAGGAGACCCUGAUGAUAAAAAAUGUGUGGUAAAGCUUUUGGAUCAUUUUAAGCAUUCAGGUCCAAAUGGACAGCAUGUUUGUAUGGUUUUUGAGUACUUAGGGGAUAACCUUUUGACCCUUAUCAAGUAUUCUGAUUAUCGAGGAAUGCCCAUUCAUAAGGUUAAAGAGAUCUGUUUCCACAUUUUAGUAGGUUUGGAUUAUUUGCAUAGACAGCUUUCCAUCAUACACACUGAUCUCAAGCCAGAGAAUAUAUUGCUAUUAUCAAUGAUAGAUCCAUCAAAGGAUCCGAGAAAAUCUGGUGCCCCUCUUAUUCUUCAAAAUAGUAAGGAUAAGACUGUAGUGGAAUCUGCAAUUGCAAAACUAAACGGAGAUUUGACAAGAAAUCAAAAGAAAAAGAUACGAAGAAAGGCCAAGCGAGCAGCUCAGGGGUGUGCAGAAAAGGAAGUUUCUGCUGAUGCUGAUGCAGAUCCUGAAACAUCUGCUAAAGAGGAGUCAUCCGCUAAUGCUAAAACAAACGUUGGUUCCGCUGAAGAGCGGCCUACUACUCCUAACCAUGUAAACAGAGUAUCUGAUGCUGAUGGAACAGAGAACAAUGGACUAGAAAAUCAGGGUAAUAAGAGGGGGAGCCGCUCCACAAGGAAGAAACUGCUGGCCUCAGUUGACCUGAAGUGUAAAUUGGUGGACUUUGGAAAUGCAUGCUGGACAUACAAACAGUUUACAAAUGAUAUCCAGACGAGACAAUACAGGUGUCCAGAGGUGAUACUUGGAUCUAAGUAUUCCACAUCAGCUGAUCUUUGGUCCUUUGCUUGCAUUUGUUUUGAACUUGCAACUGGUGAUGUGCUUUUUGACCCCCACAGCGGUGACCACUUUGACAGAGAUGAGGACCACUUGGCAUUGAUGAUGGAGCUUCUUGGAAUGAUGCCACGCAAGAUUGCCUUAGGUGGCCGCUAUUCUCGGGACUUCUUUAAUAGAUAUGGCGAUUUGAGGCACAUACGCCGACUGCGUUUUUGGCCCUUGAAUAAGGUCCUCGUUGAGAAGUAUGAAUUCAGUGAAAAGGAGGCAGAAGACAUGAAUGAUUUCUUAGUACCAAUCCUGGAUUUUGUCCCUGAAAAGAGGCCAACUGCUGCACAGUGCCUUCUUCACCCAUGGAUCAGUUCAGGUCCUCGUCUCUUAGAGCCAUCUAUGCCAUCUCAGAAAAAUGAAGCCUUGGAAGGUCUAAACAACGAGAAAAAGAGAAGGGAGAAGGAUGAGAGGGAGGCAAUGGAAAUGGGAAUUGGGAACAUUGCAAUUAAUGCAGACUCCAAAGCAGUUAAAGACUCUCCAUCUAGUAGUAAGCUUUCCAAGACAACCAUAACUAGCUCAGCGAGGUAGGAUUCUGGCCCUGGAGACUAGCAAUCAACCCUCUCCUUAUCAUCCAUCUUGCAGUUUUCUGCAACAGAAGUUGGUAUUCGCAAAGCAUGAUUACUUACAGGCAGUGGUUUAAUUUCAAUAUUAAAAUUUGGAAGGGCAAGGAGUGAAAUGGAUGUCAUGUGGCUUUGAUGCCACUUCCAUUUUGGGCAGAGCAAUAGCUUUUGAGAAAAGGGUAUCAUUGGAGAAUUCUAUUCGCAGAACAGUUAUUGGGGAAAGGUGAUCUGGAAACAAUUGGUCACAUGAAGCUUUUUCUACAAAUUGUCUGUUUGUGAAGAUUGUUCAUUUUAUGCAAUCCAUGUCGUACCGUAGUGCUGCUCAGAAACUGGAACUAUAGAUAGAUGCAUUACUUGAAGUUCUACAAUUUUUUCCCCGCUUCAGCAAAGCUGGUUGUUUUUUUUUCCUCUCCUUUUCGUUUGAUGGUUCCUAAUGGAGGGAAUUUUGCUGCAUUUUACGUGUUAAGAGGAUCAUAAAAUUUCCUCAUUUUCUGUUGUGUGCUGUUUUUAAAAUGAGCAACCUGCAUGUUCUAUUAA